CCGCUGCUUUCGAGGAAAUCUCGCGAGACAUCAAAACGAGCUAGGUAAGUAGUGACUACCCUAACUGGCACCCAUCGACGAUUACUAAAAUCCGACAAACCCUUUGUAGCGGAUCCCUUUCUGGAGACGUUGCAUAAUCUAGAGUCGUUUGGAAGCCUCUCUGAAUCAUGGGGAACAUAUUUGGGAAUUUGUUGAAGAGCCUCAUCGGGAAGAAAGAAAUGAGGAUCCUGAUGGUGGGUCUCGACGCUGCAGGAAAAACUACAAUCCUCUACAAGCUCAAACUGGGGGAAAUAGUCACCACAAUCCCAACCAUUGGCUUUAAUGUGGAGACGGUGGAGUACAAGAACAUCAGCUUCACCGUGUGGGAUGUGGGUGGGCAGGACAAGAUUCGCCCCCUUUGGAGACACUACUUUCAAAACACACAGGGUUUAAUCUUCGUGGUGGACAGCAAUGACAGAGAGCGUGUUAAUGAGGCGCGAGAGGAGCUUAUGAGGAUGCUGGCUGAGGAUGAGCUGAGAGAUGCAGUGCUCCUGGUGUUUGCCAAUAAGCAGGACUUGCCGAACGCCAUGAAUGCCGCCGAGAUCACAGACAAGUUGGGUUUACACUCCCUGCGCCACCGUAAUUGGUACAUCCAAGCGACCUGCGCAACCAGCGGCGACGGCCUCUACGAGGGCCUCGAUUGGCUGGCCAAUCAGCUCAAGAACAAGAAGUAGAAGGCGGUAAACGUAUGCGAGCCACAACCGUCCAAUUUUAUUGUUUUUUUUCGUUUCAUUGGGGACAGCGGGCCUGGGGUGGAUGAAUUUGAAGGAGAUUUUAGGCUUAAGUUUUCAAUCUGGCGUUGUCAGUUUGAACCAUGCGCACACACACAAAACGUAAACAAUCGUUCUGGCCUGUGCUUUUUGUGUUUCCAUCUCCUUGUCUUUUGGUGCAGUGUACUGACUGUCAGGUUAUUGGGUCAUGUGACUCCACCGCUGCGGAGAGUUUGACUGGUGUUUGUUUUGCUCAGUCAUCUUGUUUCACCUCUCCCCGUGAGCCAUGUCGGACAAUGACAAACCAAUAUGGGAAGCUGUGUGAGCAUUUUAUUUGAAUUCCAUCUUAAGGUCCGUGUAUUAGUACGCACUUUGUCCACACUCUUGUAUGCUGACUGGUUUUAAUUUAGUUUUAUUCAAAAGGAAAAAAGUUAUUUCCAAUAAUAUUGAUGUUAAUUUAAUUUUUAUUUUGCUGAAAUUUCCCUUUGGGUGAUCAAAGAAGGAUAUUUUACAAGAAGGACUUUGGUAUACUAGCAGCAUAAAUACAUAUUUCCAGUAACUGGACAACUGGGCGAUAACCACACUGUUAAAGAAAUCCAGCUUGUAUUUUUGGGGACUCAAAGAGUAAUUGGAACAACUUUAAAAUAUAAAUUAACCUUGAUGAUUAAAAUUAAAUCUUUAAGUUAGGGGACAGUAAAAGGGACAAUUAGUUGUGUAAACUUUUAUAUCUUUGUUGAAAAUGCGCGGGAGGCAAUUGUCACAUUAGCAAAGCUUCAAAUAUUUUGUUUGCAAGUUCAAAUGUUAUCAAAGUUUGUUGCCUUGACAUUUUAAGCUCACAAAACAUACAAUUCGUCUAAUAGUGUACAGGUACCAACUAAUGCAGUUUUACCUGACUAGUGACAUGUAGUUAUCCUACUUGUAUGCCAAAAGUGGCCAACAAGUAUGCAGAAAUAUAAAAAAGUGGAAAAAACGUGACGAGUAAGACAAAGUUACUGAGUAAGACAAAGUUAAGACUGAAUUUUCUGACUUGUGAGGACAGAGAGCGUACUAGUACAUCGAAUAUCGAAGGAUAUAUCAUAAAUACUCAAAACUGCUUUCCACCUGCUGAUUCAUCAUCUCCCCAUUCUGAUUUGUGUGUAUUCCAUCUGGUACAAGAUGAAUACAUUGUCGUCGCACAAGGCGGGAAUGCUGAAAAACUCUCCUUGUAUCAAAACAUGUCGUUGUUCUUGUCGUCGUUCUGAUUGGUGGGAAAGGUUCCGUCAUUGCAACCUCAUAACUUUGUUUACUGAAUGUGAAUAUUAGGUGUAGCUGUAGAAAAGGCAGUUAAGUACAGUAUAUUUAUUUUACACAAAGUCAUUUAUUUAGCUGAUGUGUCAGGACAGGAAAGAAAGAAGGGUAAAGCGGAUGAAAAUGUGGGCACGAGCAAACGACCGAUACCAGCAGGCUUUUGUCUCGUAAUCUGAAAAAGAUUUUGUCUGUGCCGUACAUGACAACUAACUACUGUUAUGUGUAUCUGUGCAUCUAUUCCAUGUUCAAGUUUGAUCAUUUGGGUUUCGUGGCCUUAUAUGUAGUGGCGGCUAAAAUUGAGUUGAUCUUUUUGCUUCUGAAUAUUUAUCAGGAAUAAUGUAUUGAUUAUGAUUUUUUCUCUUACGCUGUCAAAAACAGGUUUGUGCACUGUAGUUUGAGAUGGUUAGGCGAAGGUUUGUCUUGCUGUAGCUUCUGUUUUGCCUGUAUACUUGAUCCAUAUUUAGUGGUAGGUCUUAUUUGUUAGGGUGAUGGGGUGGCGGGUGUAUUUAAAAAAACAACAACAAAAAAAACAUUAACAUGUGACCACAUCAGUAAAAUGAAUGCAAAAAAUGAAGAACCCUGGUAUUCAUUCUGUACCGUUCUAGUUACACACAUAGACGACGACCAUGUUUCAGUGCUGAAUGCAUGGAGACCAGACAUCUACAGUAUGUGAUGAUCACUUCCUGCUGUAUCGCAAAUAAACCCAUUUUCUGUAGGACCAGUCUCA